CGUUAAUUCAGGGGAUAUAAAUACAUACACUUAGUGUAGACACAAAAGAAGCUUUAUCUUUAAUUUUCUUUUAUUCCUUUUAUUUUAGUUCCUUCAGUUUAACUACAGAAGCUAUUUUAUCUCAAUUUUAGCACCGAAUCUACAAGAUUCUACAGCCAGAUCUCAAAUGAUCGAAACUAUCAUCAGUUGAAAAGAAUUGAACAUUCACGAAUACUCAAAGGAACUAGAAUAACAAAUUAGAUCCUAUAGGCAACACAAAACUAGAUCAGCAUAGAAAUGCUCUUCAUAUUAUCCUUCUUUAGUUUCAUAUUUAGCGCCCAAUUCUGGAUUAUAGUUUGAAAGUUGGAUAAUUUUAUUUCAAAAAAGGAAAUAUUUGGAUUACCAUUUCUUUUUUUUUUUAUUCUUUUUACUUUAAUAAUGCUUCGUUCUAACUUGCUGAAAAGUAAACUUUCUAACUUUAUUCAUAAACGAAACAAUAAUUAUUCAACACUUGUAAAUACUUGUUCUAUUCUUCAACAACCUUUGAGACUUUUAUUGAUUGGAUGUCCUGGUUCUGGAAAAGGCACACAAUCAAGUCGAUUGGUUGAACGAUUUGGAGUGACUCAUGUAUCAAGUGGAGAUUUAUUAAGAAAGAAUAUUAAGGAAGGAACACUAUUGGGACAACAAGCAAAACAAUAUGUUCAAGAUGGAAAAUUGGUUCCUGAUCAUCUACUUGUUUCAUUAAUAAAUAAAGAAUUAGCAUCUCAACAGCAAAUAAAAAAUGAAAAUUGGUUAUUGGAUGGAUUUCCUCGAACAUUAAAUCAAGCCAAAGCAUUAGAUGUAACAUUAAAUAGAAUCUCUCAACCCUUAAAUCUUGCUAUUAAUCUACAAGUCCCUGAAGAAGUUAUUUUACAAAGAAUUAUAGAUCGUUGGGUUCAUAUUCCUUCUGGAAGAGUUUAUAAUCUGUCCUAUAAUCCACCCAAGAAAGAUGGUUUAGAUGAUUUAACAGGUGAACCUUUAUCAAAAAGACCAGAUGAUACUCUUGAAGUAUUUAAAGUAAGAUUAGAUCAACAUCAUGAAAUGACAAAACCUUUAUUAGACUAUUAUAAAGAUAUUCUUAUUCAUGUCAAGGGGAAUACAAGUGAUGAAAUUUAUCCACAAAUUGAAAAUGAGAUACUUGAUCGAUUUGGUUAUUCAAUAAUUGAAGAAAAAAGAGCAGCAGCAGAAAUAAACUAAAAUUCGAUAAUGAUUCAGGGGACAAUUAUGCAUGCACGCAUGCAUAUAUAAUUAUAUAUGUGUAUGUGUAUGUGUAUGUG